AUGUCAGUACCAAAACAUUUAAGUCUACCUUAUAAUAAUAAUACUUCACAUUUAUCAACUUUUAAUAAUAAUAAUAAUAAUUUAUCAACUUCAACUACAACAACACCAAAAACUACUUCAUCACCUUUUAAUCCAAGAACUCAUCGUCAUAAAAGAUCUCAAGCUAUAUCUGGAGAUUUUGAUGGUUUAGGUUUAUUUAAUUUUCCACCAUCUAUUAUUAAUAAUAAUGGUGGUGGUAAUAAUAGUAAUGGUAAUAAUAAUCAAUCAUCAUCAACUUCAUCAAAUUUAAAUUUACAUUCACUGCAUAUAUAUAGUAAAUCUAUAUCAAAUUCAACUACAAAUUCAUUUGUCGGUUCAUCACAAAUAUCAUCAUCAUCAUCUGUUCCAAAAGAAAGAUCUAUAUCUUUUGCAAAUGAUUCAAGACCAAAUAAAUUAACUUUAACAGAAGAUAAUGAUUUUGAAUUAAAUAGACAUUUUAAUUUUAAUAAUAAAGAAGAUUUUGCAAAUCCAAUUGAUUUAAAAACUUUUGAAUUUCCUUCACCAUCACCAUUUCAAGAUAAAAUUUAUGAAUUUAAUGAUAAUAAUAAUGAUAUUGCACAGGAACAAGAUUAUGAAGAAGAAGAAGAUAAUACAAUAUAUACAACUAAUUUUAAGAAAAAUUUAAGUUCUCCAAUACAAUUAAAUAAUAAAAUUUCACAAUGUUCUUUAAAUAGUUCAAAAUUACAAAAUCAAUUAAAUAUUGAUGAAAAUAUUCCAGAUCCUGUUAUUGAUUUAGAUUAUAUAUUAACUGCAAAUUUACAUAUUGGUAAUUCGAAUGAUGAUACAUUAAUUUUUAAUCAAGAUGAUUAUUUAGGUUCACCUGCAAUUGUUGAAGAAGAUGAUGAUAUUGAAGAUCAAUUAAUUUCUAAUGAUGAUGAUGUUAAAUCAAUUGAAGAUCCAACGACUACCACCAAUUUAAAUUUAUUAAACACCAAUUUAAGUCAUGAUGAUGAUUUACAACAACCAAGUACUUUUUAUUCCUCAGCAAAUUCAUCAACAUCAAGUUUUACUGGUAAUAAUACUCCAAAUUUAUUUUCAACAACCACUAAUAAUAAUAAUAUGACUCCAACACAACAAAGAUCAGGAGCAAAAGCUCAUAGAUAUCAAAUAUUUUAUGAUCAAUCAAAUAGAAUAUCAAAUGCAAUGAAAAGUUCAGCAGAAAGUAUUGAUAGAUCAAGUACUCCACCAUUACAAUUACAAUUACAACCAGUAUUUCGUAAAAAAUAUUUAAAUCAUUCUUCUUCAUUACCAUCCCUCAAAGCUAAAAGAUCUUUUUCAUCAAUAAGAUAUAAUGAAUUAAAAAAAAUUUCAUCACCAACAAGAGAAUAUUAUAGAUUACAAGCAUCUUUAUCACCAACCAAAAAUCAAUGUAAUUAUAAUUAUAAUCAUAAUCAUAACCUACAGUUACAACAACAACAUCAACAAAACACUAAUUCAAUAAUUGCAAAUAAUCAUAAUAUAACAAGUGAAUAUGUUGAACUCCCCUCAAAUUCAUUACAUCCUCCAAUUCCACAAAGUUCAACUCCAUCAACAUUAGCAACUCAAUCAACAACAGAUACAUUACCAACAACAAAAGUAGAAUCAUCAACAUCACCAAUAAGUGCAAAUUCAGAAAUUUCUUCAAUGAUUAUAAAUGAUAAACAAUCAAAAGAAAUUACACCAAUAAUAAUAAUAAAUAAUAAUACUACUAAUCAAAAUAAAACAACAACUACCACUAAUAAUAAUAUUUUUUUAAUUAAUGAUUUGAAAAAAUCAAAUGAUGAAUCAUUUCAAAGUGAUUCUACAAUUUCAAAUAGUCCAAUAAUAGCAUCAAGUGCACCAGCAUCAAUUUCUACAAAAGAAUUUAAUCAACAACCACUACAGCAAAAUCAACAACAACAACAACAACAAUCUAAACCUAAAAGAUCUCCAACAUCAACAGAACAACAAUUCUUAAACCAAACUCAAAUUCCUAACUUAAAAAAGAAAUUAGACUCACCAAUGAAUAAAUACGAAUACAAAAAAUAUCCACAUCGAAACACAAAGGGACAAAUUAAAAAUAACACAAAUCAAGAUAUAUUAUCAAUAUCUUCUGCAUCUACAUCAUCAUUAACUUUAACUUCAACAAUUGAUAAAAAACAGGUUGCAUCAACUACUAAUUUACCUGGUUCUACUACUACUACUACUACCACAACUACCACCACCAAUUCAACAACAAAACGUAGUAAAGGUCAUUUUAGAUCAAAAUCAAAUAUUGAAGAUUCUUUAAUUAAAUCAAAACGUAGUUCAAAAUUUUUUGACUGGCUCAGAAAAAAAUAA